AUGCCGACAUGCAACGGCUUCAAGCUCGAAGAGGCCACCAUUGAUGAACUUCAGGAUGCAUUGGAGAACGGCGUCUUCACAAGCGUGGAGCUUGCUCUUUGCUAUAUGCAAAGAAUACUGAUAACCGACACAUACCUUCACGCCAUAAUGCAGCUCAAUCCAGACGUCCUCCAAAUCGCCGCCCGCCUCGACGCCGAGCGUGCGGCCGGCCGGGUCCGUGGGCCCCUGCAUGGCAUCCCUUUUCUGGUCAAGGACAACAUCGCAACCAAGGACAAGAUGGAGACGACUGCGGGCAGCUACGCACUGCUGGGCUCCGUCGUGCCGCGCGAUGCGCAUGUCGUGCACCGUCUACGCGACGAAGGAGCGUUGCUGCUUGGCCACGCCACGCUGAGCGAGUGGGCCGACAUGCGCUCCAACUCGUACUCCGAAGGCUUCUCCGCCCGCGGCGACCAGUGCCGCAGCGCGUACAACCUCACCGUCAACCCCGGCGGGAGUAGUUCUGGCAGCGGUGUUGCGGUGGCAGCGAAUCUCGUGACUUUCGCUCUCGGAACGGAGACGGAUGGGAGUGUCGUGAACCCGGCGGAACGGAAUGCGCUGGUCGGUAUCAAGCCCACGGUCGGCUUGACGUCGAGAGACGGCGUUAUCCCGGAGUCCUCGCAUCAGGAUACUGUGGGGUGUCUGGCGCGGACAGUGCGUGAUGCGACGUACUGCCUCGACGGCAUCUACGGCUACGAUGCUCGCGAUAAUUACACUUCGGCGCAGCUCAACAAUUCGGAUGUGCCGAGCCGCCAGACUGGCUAUGCGUCUUUCCUUGCUAACAAGGAUGCUCUCAAAGGCGCCACCUUCGGUAUUCCGUGGCUGAGCUUCUGGCAGUGGGCCGACGAAGACAUGCAAGCGCAGCUGCUCGAGACUGUCGCGUUAAUGGAAGAAGCCGGCGCAACCGUCAUCAACGGCACCGAGCUGCUCAACUGGAAGACUAUUGUCAGCCCGGACGGUUGGAACUGGGACUACGGCACCACCCGCGGCUUCCCCAACGAAUCCGAAUACACCUACAUCAAAGUCGACUUCUACAACGACAUCGCCCGCUACCUCGCCGACCUCAACAACACCUCCAUCCGCACCCUCGACGACAUCGUCGCCUACAAUAACGCCAAUCCCGGCUCCGAAGGCGGCCUGCCCGGCGUCCACCCCGCCUUCGCCUCCGGCCAGGACGGCUUCCUGGCCUCGCUCGCCACGAAAGGCGAAAUGAACGAGACGUACUGGCAGGCGCUGCACUUCUGCCAAAAGGCGACGCGGGAGGAUGGGAUUGAUGCAGCGCUGGUGUGGAGGGGGGCGAAUGGAGAAGUGACGAAGCUGGAUGCGCUGCUUGCUCCGACGGAUGUCGCGCAGGCGCCGCAGAUUGCGGCACAGGCGGGGUAUCCGGUCGUGACGAUUCCGGCUGGUGUGAACAAGAUGUCAGGGAUGCCGUUUGGCUUGGCGUUUAUGGGGACGGCGUGGAGUGAAGGCUUGCUGGUGAGGUAUGCGAGUGCAGUGGAGGAUGCGCGGAGGGUGAAGGGGUGGGAGAGGCCGUUGCCUGAGUGGAGGGGGUGGAGGGUGAGGAAUGUGCCGGUGGAUAAUGCGUAG